UUCAUAAAACAACAACAAAAACUUUCCCGUUCGUGCUACCGCUGCGUAUAAAUAAGUUUUUCUGCACGCAACUGUUGUGAAAAUUGGGUGUUUCCAGGUGCAUUGUCAUCUGCAAUUCGCGAAAAAUGGUAGAGUCCGUAGCAGAUGAGUGCAAAAACCCCGACGAUGGGCCGCAGAACAUGCUGGACGCGUUCGACAGCCAGGAUAAGGCGCGGGUGUUGACGUUGAUCGAACAGCUGCCGGCAGCAGAACUGGCAGCCGAAGACAGAUUUGAAGAGGCGUAUGAGGAAUAUUCGGAACUGCUGGCCAAGUAUCAGGAGCAGCCGCAUCUGUUGGACGGGAGCCUAGAGGAGUUGGUGGAGAAAACGUUGGGUUACAUAUUGGACGUGGAUCGGAGCCAGGUGGUGAAACACAGGGCCGCCAAGUAUCUGUACCAGAUCAGUAAAGUGCGGACUUUUAAGGCAUUCCUGAAGUAUUUGCCCCACGAAAUUAGGCAUUUAAGCUUUGUGCUGGGAUAUUUGGAGCAACAGGAACUUGAAGAUUGGAAAAACUGGGAAACGCGCUUUGUCUGCUUGUUAUGGCUAUCGAUUCUAGUCCUAAACCCGUUUGAUUUGAGUCGGCUGGAUUCCAACGAGGGAGAGAGAAGUACAAUGGACAGGAUUUACGAAGUUUGUAAAGAAAAUUGCUUGAAAGACGACAGUUGCACUCCGGUAGGAGCGUUUCUGACUUCAAAGUUCCUCAUAAGGAAUGACGUGAAGAAAGUUUAUUUGGGAGAAUUUCUUGAUUGGGCCACCUCCUGUACGGACGUGAUUUUGGACCCAAAAAUUGGACCACUUGCGGGAGUGGCAUGCGUUUUGAAGCAAGGAAAGCGUGAGGAUCUUCUUCCAUAUGUGGAAAAACUUGGCCAAUGGGUACUCAAUCUAGAUUAUGACACAAUAUCAAAAAAUUUCAAAAUCUAUAAAAUUUGCAUCAAGAUCGGUCAGAGGAUUGGACUUGUUCUGCUUCCUCCAAGAAUAGCCAAAUGGCGAUACCAACGAGGGGCUCGUUCAUUGUUGGCUAACGUUCAGAAGACUGUUACGACUGCUUCAUUGCAAUCGGAAGCACCAAAACCGGACGACUCCUCUCCAGAUGAAGGUGAAGAAGAUGAUGAUGAUGAGGUACCAACGCAGAUUGAGGAAAUUAUCGAGCGGCUGCUAUUGGGAUUGAAAGAAAGUUCAACAAUUGUGCGUUGGAGUUCUGCCAAAGGUAUUGGCCGUAUUACGAAUCGUUUACCGAAAGCACUGGGUGAUGAAGUCGUGUCCUCGGUUAUCGAGUUGAUAAAUCCGCUGGAACAAGAUGAUGCUUGGCACGGUGCUUGUCUGGCAUUGGCCGAACUUGCCAAACGGGGGCUCUUACUUCCGGCACGGCUUCCGGAAAUCGUUCCUCUUUUGCUGCAAGCGUUGGUGUACGACGAAAUCCAAGGCUACCGAAAUGUGGGACAGAACAUUCGGGAUGCUGCAUGCUACAUGAGCUGGGCUUUCGCUCGGGCUUAUCAUCCCGCGAUUUUGCAACCGUUUGUGGAACGCAUCGCGUCCGCUCUGCUGGUGACGACGGUUUUUGACAGGGAAAUCAACUGUAGAAGAGCGGCAUCGGCUGCGUUUCAGGAAAGUGUUGGGCGAUUGGGAAAUUUUCCUCACGGAAUCGACAUUCUCACUAUGGCAGAUUUCUUUUCGGUCGCUGUGAGGAGCAAUGCUUUCUUGCAGAUUAGUGAUUUUAUUGCACAAUUCGAUGAAUACAGAAGGAAAUUGAUAGAUCAUCUAAUUGAGAAAAAGAUCAACCACUGGGAUACCAACAUCCGAGAAUUAUCAGCCCAAGCACUAAGUAAUUUAGCUAAGCGCGAUCCGCUAUACAUGCGUGAUGUUAUACUUCCCAAAUUGUUCGAUUUAACGGAAACAACCGAUCUGAACGCCCGGCAUGGUGCUACACUAGCCAUAGGAGAGAUUAUUUUGUCAUUGGAACGACUGCAGGGUGAGCAACCAGCGACAGGAGAAUCGUUCAUUUCGCGCGAAGUGAUCGAGCGUGGGGGACAGUUGGUGAUCAAAUUCCGUCAACGGGGCCAGUUUAAAGGGAUGAGUGGUACCUAUAUGAAGCAUGGCUGCGCAAGUUUCAUCAAAAAUUGUAGCGAUGCUAAACUUACGUUGACUCCGGAGCAGAUUGAAUCUUGGCAAUUUUUGCUAGACGAGUCAAUCAUAGAUGAAAAGACAACUACUCGCGAACUUGCUAUUAGUGCAUUCUCCUCUUUCUGUUCAACUUACUAUCGCGAUGAAGAUCCGGCCAAACUGGUCUCUCUCAUCGAUAAUUAUAUAAAAGACCUACGAGACACCCAGAUGGAGCACAAGGCACAGGGAAUCGUUUCAGCUCUCGGUUCCUUACCGAAGUUCAUGCUUCUACUGAAACUGGAGGAAAUUGUGGCCACCAUCGAUGACAAAACUAUUCUUCCCGAGAUGUACGCCGUCGGGUACAACCACUCAGAAAUGAGACGCGAUUGUAUCAAAGGUCUUGCCAACAUUGUACAAACGGUUGGUUUCGAGAGUGGUUUGUUGGAUCUGGGAAAAGUCUACAGCAUCUAUUUAAGAGCUUUGGAAGAAUACGCCAUCGAUAACCGUGGCGAUAUCGGUUCGUGGGUUCGCGAAGCAGGAGUCAACGCAUUGUUCCAGUUUUUGACUACUUGUCCUUCGCACCUCCUGAAACCAGAUCAAGUGCAACGUGCGAUGAUUGCCAUUGCGAAACAGUCAGUGGAGCGAAUUGAUAAAAUACGUGCCGUUGCAGGGAAGUUAUUCGUUGCACUGAUCUACCAUGAACCGGAAAUCCCGCACAUAACUCACAGAGAAGAACUAAAAAAAAUCUUUCCGCAAGACAAUUCAGAAAUUCUGUGGCUAUUCCCACAUCACACAUUCCCGCUGAUUAUCCAGCUUUUGAACUUCCCCGAGUAUUUAGUCAGCAUUGCUGGAGGACUGAUUCUUUCGGUGGGUGCCCCAACAGAAUCCUUGCACAGCUGUGCGUCCAAGGUUAUGAAUGAAUACCUCAAAAACCAUCAAUCGCUCGUUCCACAAUUCGGCGAUACCGUUCGGAGAAUCUUGCAAGAGAAAGCCACCAAGGAUCCACUGGUCAUGUCAUCAACGUUCCAAUUCAUCUCCGAGCUCCUCUCAUCUUCCUCGAACUCGUCUCUUCUUCUCGCAGAGGAUUCCCCAUCGGAAUUCGCGGAAGCAAUCUUUGCCUUGAUGAACGAUCUCAUCGCGCACAGCAAGAAGCACCUGAACUCGAUUCCGGCGUACUGUGCGCUCAUGCUCGCUCCGAAGAUCUGUAAGCGCGUACUCAGCAGGCUGGUCAUGUACCUGGGCAUGCUGUGCGUCAACAUUCGGCGGGAAACGGCUCUCAAAAUGUACGAAACCUUGCUAGUGUACGGGGAUCAAACGUGCAUUCCGGAGGAGAACUUGGACGAAGUGUUGGCCUGCCUGAGCGAGGAGAAAUGGGAUGGUGAGCUGGAGGAAGCCAGGAAGAUUCGCAAUCAGCUGUGCGUGCUGAUGGGGAUCAAACCACCGAUUGCAAGAGUCAAGAAGUAAGUGGAAGCACUCGCUGGGGAGUCAUUCCUACAAUGCAUUCUGGUAUUCGGACGAAUGAUCGGCAUGAAUUAUAUAUCAUGUCUAUAAUAAAUGUUGAAGCUUUGCAUUAUUAAAGGCGCUUUUUGACAACUAGUGAUAACGCACAUUUGAGCGAAAUAUAGCCACGCUAAC